AGGCUUGCCUUAACGUGUGGUCAUCACACUCUUGUCUUAGAUCUUUUACAAACUUACAUGCUUAUAUGUAUACAUUCUAUAUAGUCAGAUAUUUUGUACUUAAAAUCUUACACAACUCAUUCCAAGAUUCCCAAUAAAAUCUAACUACAAUCCCCAUUUUUUAGAUAUUCAAUUCUGUGUCUCUCACUUUUCUUGUACUUUUACAUUAAAAAACAUGGCCACAGUGGCUAAACUCCACAUUUCACCACUAGAUUGCCACCACCGGACCGGCCAACCGCCGGUGUUUCACCGGCAGGUAGCCAUGUGGGACCCGAUAUCUUUAAAGGGUCGAAGGAGUUUUGUGCAGAAGUGCAAGUCUUUUAGGCAAGAAAAGGAAAGUGAAGUGGUUGAUGCAAGAAAAGAAAUGGAAAGUAGUGAAGUGAAAUCAGAGAGUGGUGUGUACAGACUCAUGGGGUCUCUUAAAUCUGCAAUUCAGAGGGCUUCUAGAUCGCGUGUGGAUAAAAAGUUUGUGGAGGAUUUGGAGGAGAGUUUAUCAUCUAUUGCUCUUCAUGUUGGUAGAUAUAUUGUGACCAUGAUGGGCACUGGAGUAAUUUUGUUAACAGGAUUCCAGUUGUCAGGUGGAGACGGACAAAUGAAUGAUUUGAUAUGGUAUAGUUGGCUUGGUGGGAUUAUUAUCGGAACUAUGAUUGGUUCCAACAUGGUUUUAGAUGAAGUCGCUCGGGCAGGUCCAAGGAAUGUUGUCAUAACAGGAAGUACAAGAGGAUUAGGGAAAGCUCUAGCCCGUGAAUUUUUACUUUCUGGAGAUCGAGUGGUUGUGGCAUCUCGUAGCCAAGACUCUGUGGAAACGACUAUCAAAGAACUAGAAGACAGCCUAAAAGAAUGUCUGGAAACAGCAGAUGACUUCUCUAAGAGAAGUUUGAAGUAUGCAGAAGUUGUGGGCGUGGCAUGUGAUGUUAGUGAUCCUAAAGAUGUGAAAAAGUUAUCAGACUUCGCCAUUAAUGAAUUAGGUUCCAUUGAUAUUUGGAUAAACAAUGCUGGAACAAAUAAAGGUUUCAGACCUUUGCUGCAGUUCAGUGAUGAAGAUAUCCAACAGAUUGUCUCGACAAACUUGGUUGGAUCUAUAAUCUGCACCCGUGAAGCUAUGCGUGUAAUGGCUGACCAACAUAAGGGAGGUCACAUAUUUAAUAUGGAUGGUGCUGGUUCGGGGGGAUCUAGCACUCCCUUAACAGCUGUAUAUGGGUCAACGAAGUGUGGUCUUAGGCAGCUUCAAUCAUCGUUGUUAAAGGAAAGCAAAAAGUCCAAAGUUGGAGUACAUACAGCUUCUCCAGGCAUGGUUCUGACAGACUUGCUUCUAAGCGGUUCAACUGUCCAAAACAAGCAAAUGUUUAACAUCAUCUGUGAGCUUCCGGAGACAGUUGCAAGAACUUUGGUUCCACGCAUGCGAGUUAUAAAGGGGAAUGGAAAGGCUAUCAAUUACUUGACACCUCCCAGGAUUUUAGUUGCCUUGGUGACUGCAUGGGUACGACGAGGUCGCUGGUUUGAUGACAAGGGAAGAGCACUAUAUGCAUCCGAAGCUGAUAGGCUCCGGAACUGGGCUGAAAGUCGGACUCGGUUAUCAAUUACGGAUGCCAUGGAAUCUUACACUGAGGACACUUGGGUUUCAGUAUUCUCUCUUUCCGUAGUAUGUGCUUUCAUUAUCCUCUCUAGUACCCUAAGCUCUUAAACAAACUGACAAUUAGAAAGCUAUUAGAGAUACCAAAAAAAUGACGGAUGCUAAAGUUUGCUGCCUGAAUUUAUCUGCACUGCAAUGCAAAGCGACUGCACCUACAAGUGAUGCAUGAUUAUUUACCCCUGCACCAUUGAAGGGCCUAGAGGGUAUCAACAGCUAUUUUGACUGAUACAUAGUUCAAGCUCAGGUAAUGAAUCAUAUGUCUACUUACAUGGAGCUUAGGACGGGCUCUUUCUGUUCUGUAAAUAACAGGACUAGCAUUUUCAUAUAUUCUUUAUUAUAAAAUGAAGUGUUCUUUAUCGAGAUGAUUGUAACAUGUAAUGGUUCAUGAUUUGGUGAUAAAACUUAGGUGUCUGUCUUCUGGGGUA